UGAAAGAUGGCGGGAGUGACAGUGGACCUGAUAACAGACGACGAGGAGGAGACGACCAAGGACUCGGGCACUUUCGUCAGCGGCGACUCGGAUCUGCCGGUGGUUUUUCUGUGCUCCCAGUGCCGGCUGCCGGUGGGUGAUUCGUUGGCCUGGGCUGGAGCGAACCCGAAGGAGAACAUGAUCUACCUGAGAAGUGUCACAAAGAAUAUCCAUGUAGAUAAAGAACAGAAGAUAGACACAACCGAUGAACCUGGUUGCAUUUAUGUUUUGCUUUCCUGCAGUGGCUGCUCUCUUUCACUGGGUAGAAUGUACCUUUGCACUCCGGUCCACCUUGACUUCAAGCGGAAUAUGUAUUGCUUAGCUGUGGCCUACAUUGAAAGUUAUGUCCUUGGCUCCACAAUAAAUGCAGAAUUUGUAGAUGACAAUAAAAAGCCAGUAGUUCUAGAAACACAAUCUGAAGUCCUUGGAGAACUAGCAAAGUCUCAGACUGUGCUGAAUCUGAUGAUUGCAAGGCUGGCUGUUGUUGAAGAAAAAUUACAGUCAUUACAGGGUGAAGGAUGAUUCCAAUAUCUGUUACAUUACAACUUGUGUUGAUGGAGAUACUGCAUUUUGAAUAUAUCAGCAGGCAACAGGUGCCCAAACUCUGAGUGUUAAUUCAUUAUCUAGCAACUUUCAGCAGAUUUCUUCUUCCUUUUGCUGUGAUGGGUUGUUAGCUUUGAUGCAGAGUCAUGAAUCUUAACUCAUGUCUGUCAAAUAUUGGAAAUGAUAUGUAGUAUUGUGCCAGCUGCUGAAUUUAAUUUUGAUUUUUUUUUUAGAAAGCAUAUCAUUAAUCAACAAGUAAAAUUUGUAUUAUAAGCUGCCUUUAAAUGUUUGUUGUAUAACUAUUCAAUUAAAGUUUAAACUAAGCCAUUCUGCAAACAUUUCAUCUUGAUAUAUAAUUGUCUUUACUGGAUUGCU